AUGAGACUAAUACCAUCGCGCUUGAAGGGACAUGCGCGGUUAUGGUACGACACACGACAACGAUUGGCGGUUACAUGGAUCGAGACAAAAGAAUUGUUGCGACAACAGUUCCGCAAGGAAAUACCUUUUAGCAGACUAUUUAGAGAGGCCGCGCUGUACGAAAGCAGUCCUGGACAAUCUUUAGGAGAUUACUGCUUCCAAAAAUUGAACAAGUUACGUAAGUUAGAUAUUAAUAUUGCGGAUAAAUAUCUUGUUGACGCGGUGAUUGGCGGAAUCGUGGAUGCGCGUGUCGCGAGGACGGUACGGGCCGCACAACAUACGAAUCCUAAUUCGUUGUACGCGUACAUGACGACACUGGGAAAUAUGCCGUUUAGAAGCGAGAAAGGUAAAACGUUUGCGCUCACUAAUAAGAGUGAACGCAAAGGUGAAUCCGCAGAUGGAUCGCAGAAGGGACAUGCGCAGACCGCGAGCGAGCCGAACACGUCAACAAACGGAAGAACUAACGACGAUUCGAACAAUAAUAAGCCGCGAAUCGAGUGCUUUAAUUGCGGUAAGUCAGGUCACAUCGCGAGGAAGUGCCGAAAGCCGCGAGUAGAGUGCGAUCGAUGCAACCGGUUGGGGCAUCUCGGCGAAAAAUGCCCCCAUCGAAAAGACGUCUACGUGGUUGAAAGGUUAGGCGGCAAGCUCAAUAUGAGCGUACGAUAG